AUGCCGCGCGUAUCUUCUUUAUCUCAAGAGCAGCGCCGCCAAGCUGCAGUUAGACGAAGCCGAUCCCAAUAUGCUCAAAAUGCGUCUGAAAUAAGGACCCGCAAUGCGCAGCACAUUGCCUUGGCCCGCGCAAGUAAUUUAGAGGUAGCAGAAGUAGCUCGCUCGCAAAAUUCCGCUGCUCGCUCUCAAAGAAGGAGAAGUGAAAGGAUUCGAGCCAGCGAACGAUUGAGGAAUACUGCCAAUCGCGCUACCUGGAGAUCGAUCGAGGAAAAUCGAGGACCGGAACGCGCACGGGACGCUGCAGCCCACUCCAGCGCCAGGUCGAAUUCGGAAGAUCGACGACGACAUCAGGUGCAAAAUACUGCUGACCAUGCUACCUGGAGAUCGAUCGAGGCGAAUCGGGGUCCCGAACGCGUUCGGGAUGCUGCUGCUCGCGCAAUAGUUGGGUCGGAUUCCGAGGAGCGACGACGAGAGCAGUCGCGAAAUACUGCUGACCAUGCUACCUGUAGAUCGACAGAGGAAAAUCGAGGAACCGAGCGCGCACGGGACGCUGCAGCCCACGCCAGGGUCAGGUCGAAUUCGGAAGAGCGACGACGACAGCAAGUGCAGAAUACUGCAGCGCACGCAAUCACCAGGUCGGAUUCCGAGGAGCGACGACGACAGCAGGUGCAAAAUACUGCUGACCAUGCUACCUGGAGAUCGAUCGACGAGAAUCGAGGUCCCGAACGCGUUCGGGACGCUGCAGCUCACAGGAUCACAAGGAACAACCCCAUCGCUAGGACACAGCAGCAAAGGACCAACACAGUGCAUCAUCGGGAAACUCGUCUUCAGAGGAGACUUCGGGAGCAGCAAAUUCAGGAAAUGGCUGAGGAGCGACUAUUGACUUAUAGGUCCAAUUCACAAAAUCGACAGGCGGAAUCUUCAAGGCAGUCACAGCGCAAUAUUGCUGCAACAGCACAACUUUCGGAGGAUGAACGAGAGGAUCAACGGAAACGCCAGCGACGGAGGAGUCGAGCUACUGCGAGGGAACAAUAUCUACGUAACAUUAAGGACGGACCAACAAAGUUUUAUACGUGCUGUGGAGGAACGUGGCUUCCAUCUCAGCUGUGCGAUACUUGGUUAGCACUGAGCUCUACAGGAAGCACAACAUAUCCUUUGACGGUGAUUGGCUCAAUCAAAUGGGUGCUGAAGAAGAGAUACCUUUCAUCGCAGAUGAAUCUGACCGAGAAGUUGUAG